UUACCUGGUGGCUGCGCGCCGCGAGCGCGGUCCCGUGCGUGCGCGACCCCGGCCAGGAGGCGUGGCGGUGCAGCACCCCGCAGGGACGGACGGGGCCCGCUCGCCGGGGACCCGCGGUGGCUGUAGCCGCCACAUCCGGAGCGGGAGCCGCAGCCCGAGCCGCGCGUCCGGGCGCAGGGCGCGGCCGCCGCCCGUUGCUGAGCGCGCGCAGCCCCUGGCGAUGCUCCGCGCGCCUUGGCCGCGGAGUUUGAACUUGGCGGCGGCCAGAAGCCCCGCGAGGCCGGGAGGCGAUGAGACGUCUGUGCAGACUCGGGCCAUGCAGACCCUGGUGCCUCUAACUCCCUCAGCUCAGAGCUGCUCACCAGCGGUCCCCAGCACCGGAAAGCAACAUGGUCAGGAGGGGUGAAACUUCGGCUAAAGCAGAGGUGCACUGAAUCUGUUGCUCGCCCUCACUCGUGGCAUACAACCAAAUUUGGAGAGAACCAUCCUGAUGCCAGCAUGAUGCAGAUAUCUCAGGGCACGAUGGGCCCUCCUUGGCACCAAAGCUACCAUUCCAGCUCUUCCACAAGUGACCUCUCCAACUAUGACCAUUCUUAUCUGAGGCGGAGCCCCGACCGGUGCAGCUCCCAGGGGAGUAUGGAAAGCCUGGAGCCUAGUGGUGGAUACCCAGCCUGCCAUCUCCUUUCUCCUGCCAAGUCCACGAGCAGCAUCGACCAGCUCGGCCACCUCCAUAACAAAAGAGACUCGGCGUAUAGCUCUUUCUCCACAAGUUCUAGCAUCCUGGAGUACCCACCCCCUGGUGGCCCUGGCCAAGAACGGUCAGGCUCCAUGGACACGAUUUCUGCUCGCGGUGGCCUCCUAGAAGGGAUGAGGCAAGCAGACAUUCGCUAUGUCAAGACAGUCUACGAUAGUCGGAGGGGAGUAUCGUCGGAGUAUGAGGUGAGCCCUUCAGCUCUGCUCGGUAGGGAUGCCCACGCAUCGGCAGGUCUCCAGGGCUGUGCUAAGUGGCAUAGUGUUCCCCGGGGCAAGGGGCCCCCAUCCCCAUCGUGGAGCCAGCAGUACUCAGAUACUGCCACUGACAGCCUGGCCCAGAAAGUGGGUGCACCCACGCCCCCUACUCGGAGUGACAGUUAUGCUGCCUUCCGGCAGCGCGAGCGUCCCAGCUCCUGGUCCAGCCUCGAUCAGAAGAGGUUCUGCCGGCCUCAGACAAACUCCUCAGGCUCCUUGAAAACCCCCCUCAUGGAGGAACAGCUGCACACCGUUGUAGAGAGGAGUCCAGAGAGCAGCCCCCCAGUGAAGCCCAAGCAUAGUUACACCCAGAAGGCGCAGCCUGGCCAACCCCUCCUGCCCACUGGCAUCUACCCAGUACCUUCUCCAGAGCCACACUUUGCCCAGGUGCCUCAGCCUUCCGUGAGUAGUAAUGGCACUGUCUACCCUGCCCUGGUCAAAGAGAGUGGAUAUACGGCCGCUCAGGGAGCCUGUAACAAGGUGGACACCUUGGAUGAGAACGGGAACCAAAAUGAAGCUAGCAGGCCCGGGUUUGCCUUCUGCCAGCCCCUAGAACAUGACUCGGUGACCCCAGUGGAGAGAAAUCCAGAACCCACAGCCAAACAUGUCUCCUACAAAGUCCAUUUUUCUCCAGUGCCUGAAAAUGAAGAUUCCUCCCUGAAGAAACAGGGCACACCUCUCCGAGGCACCAGCCCAUCAUAUCCCAGUGAGAGAAAGAACGCCCCUGGCAGCAGGCCUUGUUCUAAUCACGUGGGCAGGCCCACUCAGCCCAGGGAGGGUGACUUACAGGAAGAUCACAAUGCCAACCUCAGGCAGAAACAGGAGAGGGAAGGCCAAGGGCAGAGCCAGCCAGGCAACUUUGGCAGGACCAAGUCGACCUUCUCAUCUCUCCAGAACAUUCCAGAGAGCCUAAGAAGACAGAGCAACGUAGAGUUCGGAGGAGAUGUCCAGGAGGAUUACCCCGGUGGCAGGCCCACCUGUGCCCUCAACACCAACGUGGAAGAGCAUGGAAGGAAAGCUGGGCCCGAUAGCAGGAGCUACGAGGACAGGUCUGUUUCCUAUCCAAGGCCGGAGGGGAAAAUGAACACCGUAGACUCUUUCCAGGGUGCAGACCCAAGGUAUGAAGAGCCCCAGGCCCCAGCACUCCAGCAGACACCCGGCCUGAGCCAGAGGAGACUGAGCUCCUGCAGUGCCUCGGCCCUGCAGUACAGGAAGCCCCACUGUUCGGUACUGGAGAAGGUCUCCAAGAUAGAAGAGCGCGAGCAAGGGCGCCACAGACUCCCCAGCGUGGGCAGCUCCUCCUACGGCCUCAACUAUAGGCCCAACAGGGCCGGCCCGGCUUCCGCAGGUGACUUUGAGGACCCAAAAGCCAGCAUCCAUUUCUCCGAGGCCACGGAGCCCCUGCGCAAUGGGGAGCCGCCCUUGAGAAACGGGGAGGCCAGGCUCGAAGAGGCUUCCUGGCAGCCCUGCAGCCAGCCGCUGUGGAGGGCUGGGGAUGGCCGUGGCCCCCCUGCCCGAGGCGGUGAGCCCCCCAGGCCCGAUGCCCACCUGCUCCGCAGCCAGAGCACCUUCCAGCUCUUCAGCGAGACGGAGAGGGAAGCGCCGUGGCAGGAAGACAGGCCCGGCACCCCCGAGUCGCCCCCGCUGGACGCGUUCUUCAGCCGCACCUACAGAAACAGCAUCAAGGACGCCCAGUCCCGCGUCCUGGGGGCCACCUCGUUUCGUCGCCGAGACCUGGAGCCGGGCACCCCCGCAGCCGCCGCCAUCUCGAGGCCCUGGCGGCCCCGUCCCGCCUCUGCGCACGUGGGGAUGCGCAGCCCCGAGGCCCCGGCCCCCUCGUCCUCCCCGCACACCCCUCGGGAGCGGCACAGCGUGACCCCGGCCGCCCCCCAGGCUGCUCCCCGCCGCGGUGCCCGCCGGCGCCUCACGCCUGAGCAGAAGAAGCGCUCCUACUCGGAGCCCGAGAAGAUGAACGAGGUGGGGGUGUCAGAGGAGGCUGAGCCCGCGGCCUGCGGCCCCACGAGGCCGGCGCUGCGCUUCUCUGAGAGCACCGUGGCCGACCGGCGCCGCCUCUUCGAGCGGGACGGCAAGGCCUGCUCCACCCUCAGCCUGUCGGGGCCUGAGCUGAAGCAGUUCCAGCAGAGCGCCCUGGCCGACUACAUCCAGCGCAAGACCGGCAAGCGGCCUGCCUCCGCCUGCCCCCCAGAGCCCGGGCUGCGCGAGCGCGCCCAGAGCGCAUACCUUCAUGCCGGCCCAGCCACCGCGGCCCCCGAGGGCCCUGGCCUGGCCUCAGCCUGCAGCCUGAGCUCUCUGCGGGAGCCCGACGUGCCGCUGUCCCGCCAGGAGCACCCUCACCUGGCCACCAACGCCCCUCACACGCCCCGAGAUCGUAGCAGCUCCUUCGCCAGUGGACGCCUAGGCGGGGAGCGAAGGCGCUGGGACCCUCAGCCCCCCAGGCAGCCGCUCAUCGGAGCAAAUUGCGGACCUAGGGCCACCCAGAGACCGGACAGGACCCCUGGUGGCGGGCCGCCUUCUUGGAGCAUGGUGGCCACCAACGCUGGCAAGUCCAAGUCAGCCGAGGAUCUGCUGGAACGCUCCGACACCCUGGCUGUCCCUGUGCACGUGAGGUCCAGGUCGUCCCCCACCUCGGACAAGAAAGGCCAGGAUGUGCUGCUGAGGGACGACAGUAGCUUUGGUUUUGUGAAGGACCCAUGUUGUUUGGCCGGCCCUGGAUCUAGGUCUGCCAAUUGCUCAGACAGAGGCCAGAAAGAGCCAGCGUUGCCCCUACACCGUCCUACCCCUUGCUGGAAUGGCUCAGGCUGUAAAUCCACUGUUGGUUCCUCAGCUCCUACUGAAUGUUCUGGAAUCCCAGACCACCCGAAGCAGCUUAGAACACCUUGCUCUAGGCCACUUUCAGCAGGAAUGCAAGGCCACUUUCUAGAUGCGAGAGCUGCCUCCGUAGCCCCACCCAGCUCCCCUCUGCCAUCACCUGUCCCCUCCAGUUCCCGGUCACAGCUUACCAUCGAUCAGCAGACUGAAAGGAGCGGUCAGCCUGGACGACAGCCACUUCCGCCCUCUGCCCCUGCAGUGACCCACAGAAAUGACGGCCAGAGUCUGACCCAGCCUCCCAGCCCAAAAUGCCAUGAGCUCAGUAGCCCAGAGCAUGGGCUGGAAGAGGGGAUGUGGAAGAGGGCCUCCCUGCCUCAGCGCCCCCCUCCAUCUUGGACGAAGUGGGCCCCUGCAGUCAGGGAAGAUGGCCUUUCAGAGGACGCCUCGGUGCCUGGGUUUGCUGACCUGAAGCACUAUAAAAACCAGAGUCUGCCGAGCUCCUGCAGCACUGUGGACCCAGACACUCCAGGGAGGAUCUCUCUCCGGAUAUCCGAGUCAGCCCUGCAGGCUUCCCCACCACCCCGGGGGGACUACGAGGACGAAGUAUUUGUGAAGGACUUGCACCCCAGGGCUACUUCAAGCCCCACAUUUGAAGCUCUUCCCCCACCUCCACCUCUACCUCCUCCACUGAGCCAGGAAACCCUAGUGAACAGCUCAGACGACUUUCCUCCACCUCCUCCCCAAGUCAUGUGUGAGGCAGUGCUGGACAGUGAAGCGUACAAGGAAGCCGGCAGCAGUAGUUCCUGCCAAUUUCCCAUGGUGACAGUCUCAAAGGACAGGCACGAGCCUGGUGCAGUCCAUUCCGAAGGUGGUCACAUAAUGACUCCCAAACCACCCCAGGCUCCAGCCGCAGGUUCAGAAGCCGAGCCCAGCACAGCCGCCGACGUGAAUGCUCAGCCGCAGCUCACCGCUUCUCUCGGCGAGCAGGCCUCUCCCAGCCAGACCCAAAGCCUCAUCCAUGAGCCUGUCACUAGAACUCAGGAUCUAGGAAAGAAAAUCCAUGCCGAGCCCCAGAAGACCUCGGAAGAUAUCCGAACCGAAGCUCUUGCCAAGGAGAUUGUCCAUCAAGACAAAUCUCUGGCAGACAUUUUGGACCCAGACUCCAGAAUGAAGACGACAAUGGACCUGAUGGAGGGCUUGUUCCCCAGAGAUGCCAAUGUGCUGAGGGAGAGUGGCACAAAGAGGAAAGCCUUGGAGACAGCCGCCAGACAGACAGGCUGUGAAGCCAAGAGGAGCGAUGACAGGAAAGCCGUGGGCAUGCUGGUCAGCUGCCCUGCCUACUACAGUGUGUCCGCAGCCAAGGCGGAGCUGCUGAACAAAAUCAAAGACAUGCCAGAGGCGGAGCCUGAGGAGGAGGAGCAGGAGGACGUCAACGAGAAGAAGGCUGAGCUCAUCGGAAGCCUCACCCACAAGCUCGAGACCCUCCAGGAAGCAAAGGGAAGCCUGCUCAUGGACAUCAAGCUGAACAAUGCCCUGGGCGAAGAGGUCGAGGCCCUCAUCAGUGAGCUCUGCAAACCCAAUGAGUUUGACAAGUACAAGAUGUUCAUCGGGGACUUAGACAAGGUGGUCAACCUGCUGCUCUCGCUCUCUGGACGCCUCGCCCGGGUGGAGAACGUCCUCAGUGGCCUUGGUGAAGAUGCCAGUAAAGAAGAAAGGCGUUCUCUGAACGAGAAGAGGAAGAUCCUGGCUGGGCAGCAUGAGGAUGCGCGGGAGCUCAAGGAGAACCUGGACCGGAGGGAGCGCGUAGUGCUGGCCAUCCUGGCCAAUUACCUGUCCCCUGAGCAGCUCCAGGACUACCAGCAUUUUGUGAAAAUGAAGUCCACACUCCUUAUCGAGCAGCGGAAGCUGGAUGACAAGAUAAAACUGGGCCAGGAGCAGGUCAAGUGUCUGCUGGAGUCUCUUCCCUCGGACUUCAGGCCAAAGGCAGGGGCCAUCUCCCUGCCCCCGGCUCUCUCCAGCCAAGUGACUCCUGUGGGGGGCUCUGCAGGGGGCUCCAUGCUCAGUGGCGGUUUCCCAUCGUUGACCUCUCCACUUUAACCGCUCCUGAAAGACCCAACCAAGAGAUGCCGUGCUAAUACUAUUUAAUCUAAAGAUGUCUCGCUGCGACUGCAGUUUGAACUGUGGGUUACUGGGGGCUUCCAGGGUAAAAGGAAGGGACUAUAUCCCGGAAGAAGCCUGUCUUUCCUCUCUUGCCUUUCAUGGUUGGUCUUCUGAGCUCGCAUGCUGCCGGGACCUUCCCACUCUGCAUUCCCAGAAGGAAAGUUAAUGACUCUAGCCUGGUGGAGGGCGUUUGACCGUGCAGGUUUUCACAGGCUGGAGCAGCACAGACACUGUGUGCCACCUCAGGAAUGUAUCCGCAGUGGCCUUCCCUGCUUAUGACAGGGCGCAAUCACCAGACUGCGCCCCAAAGCCUUACAAAGACACACGUUCAGAAAACUGCAAAACCUUGAACAUUUUUGUUAUUUAUAUUUUGAAAAAUGAAACAGAUCGUUGUUUGUGUGCUAACCACUCAUUUGAUUCUGUUUUGUGGUGCAUGUAGAGCUUUCUGUGAGCUUUGUAUUUUGUGGAAACCUUAAUGAAGAAUCCAAAGAUAGUCAAAUUGAAUAUGGAGAUUCUUGUGGGUUUUUUAAAAAUCUAUUUCGUGUGUAUAUAUUUGUAUAUAAACAUGCUGUGUGUGGUCUGUGACAUGUGGGUUGACGUGAUUGUCUCGGUGUUCGUGUAGAAGUUAGACACUUAGUGGGCUCUGAGGAUGAACUUGGUCAUCAGACUGCAUCACAGGUGCCUUUUACUCGCUGAGCCCUCUGUCCAGCCUCUGGUGUUUAUAAAGACCAGUGGCCACCUACAUGUGUGCUAGCUGGGUGAGCGGUUCUGCUCUCCACGAUGCUCAGGUCUUACCGCGUCUCUCCCGUAUCAAACACCGCUUUCCCCAGGAGGAAGGCUCUGUGCGGCCCUAUGAUGACUCCUCCGGCUGCAUGUCAUCUUCACCAGUUUAUUAACAGAGACAACAGUUCUCAAA